CCGCUCGUUUGUUGCAGGAUAGAGACUCAUGAUCAGUACAUUCACCUACUUCCUCGCCGUCGCCGAGUUUGGAAGGAAGAGCCGUGAUCGCGAGUCUGGCACACCACAGUCACCUGAUCUCAGUAUGACCUAAGUGCAGCCUUCGAGUGGUCGCCCCACGAAAGUCCACGCCAACCUUCACAUCUUCAUCCUCUCCAACCCCGCAAGAAAGCGUCGCGCAGACACAUCUGGCGCGUGUGUUGAUCUACUCGCUUGGUCAGAUCAACUUGCGGUGGAUGUCGCGCUACAAAGGACGGUAAAAUGGACGAAGUCACACGGCUAAAGAGAAAGGACACCACCAAAGGCCCGCCACUACGAAUCCUGUCUCUCGAUGGCGGAGGGGUCCGAGGCUACUCCAUGCUCAUCAUUCUCCAAGAGCUCAUGCACAGGACGUUCGUGGAAAUCGAAGGCCGGGCACCAAAAAGGCACGAAAUCCCUCGACCAUGCGACCACUUCGAUCUCAUCGCCGGCACCGGCACCGGCGGCCUCAUCGCCAUCAUGCUCGGCCGCCUGCGCCUCGAUCUCGACACCUGCAAAGACCUCUACGUGCGCAUGACGCGGCGGGUCUUCGAGACGGACAAGACGUUCGCGGGAAUUCCGCUUAAGAGCACGAUGUUCAAGGCGAGCAAGUUGGAAGAGGUGAUUCGAGAGUGCGUUAGGGAACACACCGUGUCGGAGUACGAGGGCAACGAUACACUUGCCAAUGCGACGCCGAUGGGUGCUUCGGCGCGGGGGAGCAUGGAAAGCGCGGCGCCGUCCAUGCGAGGCCCGCAGAGAACCUUCAGUCAGAGCAGCAAGUACAGCCAAAUGGGUGGGAGUCCGGCGAGCAACAGGCUGUCCUUUGGAUCGCUUGCGCUGGGCGAUCCAAACGCUCUGCUGUACGAUUCCAGGGAGAACAGGGCGAAGACUGCCGUGACGGCGGUGAUGAGAGGCACACCCGUCACCAAAUUACUACGCUCCUACGACUCGCGAAAAGAGCCGGCGCCCGAGGUGGACUGCACCAUUUGGCAAGCUGGUAGGGCCACUUCCGCGACGGCGAUGGCGUUCAAGCCGAUUCAGAUUGGCCAGUCGGUCUACCUGGAUGAAGGCCCUGGCAAAUACAACCCCGCGCCAUUGAUCCUGGAUGAGGCUGUAUCGAACGAAUGGCCGGGUCGGGAAGUGGGCGUUUUCGUAAGUAUCGGCACCGGGAAAAGAGCCGCGGACGCACGAGGAAAAGAGACAGAAUGGUGGGAGGGGUUCUUGGGCGGAAGUAUGAGCGACUUCGCCGAGGCGAGGCGACGCUUGAUAUCCAAAUUGGAGGGUUGCGAGAAGACACACCAAGACAUGCUGCACAAGCAUCUCUUCGAACGCGGCGUCAAUCCGGAGAACUACUGCCGACUGAACGUGGAGGUGGGUGUCGGCGAAUUUGGAAUGAACGAAUGGGCGCGUCUGUCGGAGAUCAGCACCAAUACCCGAAUGUACCUGUCCACCGACCGCGUGGAGGUGAUCAACCAGGGCGCAGCACACAAGUUGGGCAAGAUCCAUUUCGCCAAACUCCGGCACGAUCGCGCCGAGGCUCAUGGCUCCUCCACCCACCACGAUGGUCCUAGAUAUAGCUGGCAAGACCCAUGGGACAAGCCAUUACCUCCAGGCGCGCAUGCAAACGCAGUCGAACUCCCGGGCGACGACAUGUACUACCAGACGCAAGGCUUCCGCCCCGGUGCGCAACACUACGAGCAUCGGCCCAGCACGGGAGAUCAAAAGUACGUCGUUGUGCCCAAUGAUCAACACUACGCACCGCAAACGACUACACCACAUACCUCGCCUCCUCCAUCCUCCAGCGCCGCCUCAUCAACCUACGAGUCACCGCAAUACCACCAGCGCUAUCCCUCUCAAACCCGCUCCCAUCUCGAUAACGUCUACAACGCUCACCAAGACCCAAUCACAGCCCGUCGAAGCCACGACUCGCCUCCGCCAAUCCCACCGAAAACGCCUGUUGACUCUACCUUCUCUCAGCACCAACAAUCCUCCCCACCGCCCCACCAGCCUGCCUAUCCUCCACCCAGCAGUACGCCCGCGGAUCCCGGCCCACGCACUUUCAUGAACAUGGGGGAUUUGGGACGCAGACUGCCGUAUCCGGAUGUGGACGGGCCCCCGCCGGCCGUGAAUACGGCGAAUAAGCCACAGAUGUCGAGAUGAGGAGCUUCUUUUCUUUCUGAUGGGCUAUCUUAGCGUGGAGUUUGGGAUGUUUCCUUUGGGUACGGGUAUUCAUGGCGAUCGAUGGAUAACGGCAGGCUUGGAUAGGAGCGCUGCAUGAUUUUCGCAGGACGAAUAUCGUGUGCCAUUCCAUACACUCUAUCAGAUAAUAUGUGCUAGGAAUCAUGGUGAUCGGGGCACGUGACAGCGCGAGUCCGUCCGCCACGCUAGCCGGAUUGGUCGUAUUUGACCUCCAAAUUUCUACCCUCUUCAACAUGA